AUGGCAGGAUUUCACAGUCUGUUCGCCCGAGUCCCACUGAUUUCCGCCACCCACAGAGGCCCCGUGGUGAACUUGGUGGCAUGGACCACGGUGACGACAAUGUGUCUCUCAGUUGUCACUGUUUUGAUCAGUAAAUUGGUUGUGUUGAGAAGACUGGCAUGGAAGGACGCUAUUCUCAUUACCGCAAUGGUGUUUUCUAUUGGAUUUACCAUCGCAAUCAAUCAGCAGGUCAGCGGAGGAUUGGGGUCUGAGAUUUCGACCCUGAGUGCCGACCAGUAUGAGAAAUUCCAAAAGGCGGGAUAUGCCUGGAACAUCCUUUACACCACCAGUCUUUCCUUCGGCAAGAUCUCGACGUUAUCCUUACUCCUUGCUCUCUCACCGAACAAAUCUUACCGUAUCCCAAUGUGGGCCACGGGCCUCUUGACGAUAGCAUGGACGGUCACGUCGAUCAUCGCCAGCGCAUUUCAAUGCUCGCUUCCGCACCCUUAUCUGAUCACAACGAACAAAUGUUUCAGCCAGGUGGGCUUCUGGGACGCCGUGGCAGUCAUCGACAUCCUGAUCGACGUAGCACUUAUGGCCAUGCCGGUAUGGCUCGUGUACAAUCUCCAGCUGCCCAUCAAGAAGAAAAUAGCCGUGUGCUUCGCCUUUUCGUUCCGCAUCCUCGCCAUCGCCUGCACCAUCUGGCGCAUGAGUGAAAUGCACCGCUUCUUCGACCGCAGCGCCGACAUCACCUUUGAGAGCUGGCUGCCCACGAUCGCCACCAUACUGGAAGUCUUCUUCAGCGUCUUCGCGGCGUGCGUGCCGCAUCUGCGGCCAUUCAUGGAAUCCAUCCAAGCGGGCUACCUGUCCGGCGUGAUCCAGGAAGGCGACGGCCGCUUCGGCUACGGCAACGACAGCUACUUGAUGGGCAAGAUGGCGACGCACAACAGCAAGAGCGGUAUUUCGGCGAUUCGGAGCCAGGCUCUGAAGAGCGAGUUGCGAGGCGAGAGUCUGGAUCUCCCGCGCCAGGGAGCCACCAUCGGAACACCGACGAUGAAUGAUUCGUCGGGCCACGGAAUCGGGCAGGCCCUGACGAGCACCAACCGCGUCGUGGUCAACAAGGUCUCUGCAGGAAGGGGUGACAAGGAAUACAGUUCCGAGUCCAGGCAUCGGAGUGAGAGCAUCACCUCGGACGGGGGCAGGAGCCAUGGCAGUGACGGGAGCAAGGCCAUGAUUAUCAAGACGACCAAGGAGUGGAGCGUAAGUUAUCAGGACGUUUGA